GUCGUACCCCGUCUGCUUUGGAGGGAGAGACAGGAUCCAGACCCAGACACGCUGCCGCGCCGCGCGCCUCCCUCCCACACACACACACAGAGAGUCGGCGGGUUGACUGUGUCGGUCUGUCUGUCGGUCUGUCUGCCUGCCUGCUUGCCUGUCUGUCUGUCUGGAUGAAUGCCUGGGAUGAGCGCGGGACGGCGGUGGUACGCGCGAGAGCUUGGCUGGGCCACGUAGCGGGGCUGAGGAGGACGCCGGUGCGCAGGUAUCUCCGCAGCCCGUACAGCGCAUCGACAAAUAUUCUGGCACAUUUUGCACACAAAGACCACUGGCACUGGCCUCUCUAAAUGCACAUCCGCCAAAGUAGAGGGAGGGCGAGCCAGAGAAGUGCGCGUGCAACCCUGAAUCUGUGCAACUCUGAUUGCACGGUCGCAAGAGGGAGGUCGCCCUCGACGGAGGUAACGCACAGUAAAUGGCUGUACCAGACACAGAGGUCCUCACAGAAUUUCAUUGUAUGCUGUUGAGCUGCUCUGCAGUUUGACGUCCCCAGCACUCUACAGGGCAGCCGCCCUCAGAGAAACUGAAUCUGAGAACUGUCACCAACUCCAGUAAUUACUGAAGUGGAACUUAGCUUUACAUGCAAUCCGAGCCUUUCAUUUUGCAUUCUGAAUUUUAAGCAUAUGGAACAAAAUUUGGAACCGAUUGUAUGUCGUUCCAACUGCGUUUCUUACCUUGGAAAGCAUGGAUGCUCUCUUUGAAUCAGGUUGACAGUCUCUCACCUCAUCCCCUCCUUCCUGUCACUUCAACCAAAGGAAGGUGGGGGAUUGGUGUGGCGUCCCCUGCCCCUCCUUGUAGGGUAGGCUAGUCUACAUAACCCUUAUUCUCUUGCUUUGCCGUGUGCACCUACCAACUCCAUCCUUCCCCAUGAAAUCCUGCCAGAGCCUCAAGGAGGAGGUUUCCGUCCCUAGCCUUGGCGGGAUGUCACAGGAGGAAGGACGUAGGGCGCCGGUGUCCCAGUCCUAUUUUCACUCUACGAACCCAGACCUGGACCUGUCGGGAAAGCUUUACAAGAGGGAGGUUGGUGGCAAGCCUUAUUCUGUGUUAGUGGACAAUAAAAUGGCAGCCAAGACUUCCAUUGAUCAGAACAUUGGUUCCAUUCAACAUGUGGCUCCACAACAACAUCAGCAGUAUUUCAGAGAGGUAGCUGGCCAGGAGGUGGGGACGCAGGGGUCACAAGCAGGAAAUGAGGGAUCCUCUGAUGACACUGAAGAUGAAGAGGAAGAUGAGGAGGAGGAAGAAGAAGGUGAGGAUGGUGAGGACGGCUUUAAGCGGGAGCAGAUCAUUGUGGAGGUCAACCUGAACAACCAGACACUUCAUGUAUCCAAAGGUGAUAACAAAACCGGAACCACAGCCGAGGACUCGGAGAGAGCUGGCAGCGACGAUGACGACGACGACGACGAUGAGGAAGAGGAGGAGGAGGAGGAGGAAGAAGACGAGGAGGAGGAGGACAGCCCCGAUGAAGAAGAGGAGGAAGAUGAUGAGGAAGAGGAGAUUGAAAGUCAAAGAACACGCUCAAAGAGAACCCGUCGUGGGGCUAGUAGCACAGCAGCUCCCAGCCAGCCACGGAGGAAGAGCCUCAGAACGGCUCUGAGCACCACCACCGCUGGAAUGACCACCAGGGGACGGCGGAAGCGUAUGGAGCCUCAAAAGAACAAACGCAGGUCAACCAGGUCAGCGCCCUCCUCUGCUGGUACCGCAGCGAUGGGAGGCAAAGCAGAGAUGGAGGAGAAGGAGAUGCUGGCGUGUGAAAAGUGCCCUCGAGUGUUCAACACGCGCUGGUACCUGGAGAAGCACAUGAAUGUCACACACAGACGAAUGCAGAUUUGUGACAAGUGUGGCAAGAAGUUUGUCUUGGAGAGUGAGCUAGCCUUACACCAGCAGACUGAUUGUGAGAAGAACAUCCAGUGUGUCUCCUGCAAUAAAUCAUUUAAGAAGCUGUGGUCACUGCAUGAGCACAUUAAGAUUGUGCACGGCUAUGCAGAGAAGAAAUUCUCAUGUGAAAUCUGUGAGAAGAAAUUCUACACUAUGGCUCAUGUCCGUAAGCACAUGGUUGCUCACACUAAGGACAUGCCUUUUACCUGCGAGACAUGUGGAAAGUCAUUUAAACGCAGCAUGUCUUUAAAAGUUCACUCACUCCAGCAUUCUGGAGAGAAGCCCUUCCGUUGUGAGAACUGUGAUGAGCGGUUCCAGUACAAGUACCAGCUGCGCUCCCACAUGAGCAUUCACAUCGGACACAAGCAGUUCAUGUGUCAGUGGUGUGGCAAAGACUUCAACAUGAAACAGUAUUUUGAUGAGCACAUGAAGACGCACACAGGAGAGAAGCCUUUUAUUUGUGAGAUCUGUGGGAAGAGCUUCACCAGCCGGCCCAACAUGAAGCGCCACCGCCGCACCCACACAGGCGAGAAGCCGUAUCCCUGCGAUGUCUGCGGCCAGCGCUUCCGCUUCUCCAACAUGCUCAAAGCACACAAAGAGAAGUGUUUCCGGGUCACCAGCCCCGUCGUCCUGCAGACGAGCGGCCCGACCGUGCCUGUCCGCAUAUUUGCCAACGCCUUCUCCUCCUCCUCUUCUUCCUCCACCUCUGGCCCCGGGCCCUCAGCUGCCACCCCGGCCACCACCUCAGCGUCCUUGGGCCUCAGCCCCACGGGAGGCCCCAUUCCUACUCAAGGCCCCGUGGGACACACAUUUGCCCACGUGCAGCUCCACUCGACGCCCGCUCACCAUCAUCCCCACCCCUCAGCGACCCAACAGCACCUCUCAAACACAGCUCAACACGCCCCGCCCCAUCCCCACCACCACCUGGCAGUGCCCCCCGUCUCUCACCUCCCCCCUCCCCCAGCUCUUUUUAAGAGUGAGCCCUUAAACCACUGUGGGCACGAAGACAGCAGCUACCUGCACCACAUGGCCCCUCCCGACAAAGGCCCCGGAGCCCCUCAGCACCACUGAACUGUGCUUGAGGUCUGCAGGCCAGCACCAGACCGCGCCUUGUUCCCUCUCUUCUCCUACUCCUGCCUCAGUUGUUAAGUUGCAAGGCAUGUCUACGGAAGAGGUUAGCAGAGAUAGUAACGUGUGUCUACACAGGAGGUUUUGGAAGUGCUCAGAGCCAGACACACAAGCACUGCAUAAAAUGCAGAGAAUCAACUUGAAGCAUAAAACAUACAGAGCCCCAAGCCUGUGUUGACGGUUUGAUUUCUAAAAAUGAAUGUGUUCUGCUGAAGCUUGAGAUGGGGGACUGAAAUACGAAGCUGAAGCGCUUUCUGUGUAGACAUGCCACAAUACAAGGAUGCUCCUGUCAAACGAGUAAAUGAUUCAAGCUAAAGAUUCAUGCACCCUCAGUGCACACAUCAUUUAAUUAAGAUCCCUACUUAGACAAACCCCACGUCCACUGACAAAGAUUUUUACAGCCUCUAGAAAUUCCCUCCUGAACAUUUUCUGCUGCAGAAAAUGGCUUUAGUGUGAGUUCUCUAUCUGUACAUUGAUGGGUGUAAACUAUCUCUUUUUCCUCAAACGCUACUGAUGGAAGCUGACGUGCAUUACCUGGGCUUCAUGGAUCCUCAAAGAUCAGUGUCCUCAAACUGUCCUCUCUGUGACUAAAGUUUGAACAUUGGCCAGGGCUUAAGCUUUCUGUGCAGGUCCUCCCCAUAGCAAUACUCCACCUGUCCUCCUAUUUGUACUGCAGAGCCCUGGGCUCCACCGAAAUGUUUAUUGAAUGUUGUAACUGGUUCUUUCUGAGCCUUUCUGUGUCCAAGACUGAGGCUUUCUGUCAGAGAGGCAACAGCAGUAGUGCAAGAUGCAGUGCCAUAGGUUACAGUAAGAAGGAGGGGAGGAAUUUUUGUAAAAGACAUUGGAAAAAGAUUUUGUAUAAUGGUGCUUUCCAUUCCAGUACAUAGAAUAUUUCUUAAUUUUACUUUUCCAUUUGACUUAUAAAAGUAUGAAACAACAACAAUGUAUUGUAUCAUAAAGAACACGUCUGCCAGGCUGACUUUUCUACAGUGGGUUUGAGUUUUGACACUUUGUGAUCAAGACAACUCUUGUUAUGCAGGACAUGCCCUGGAACCCUCACACUUAUUCAAGCACAUACAAAGAUAAAAAGACCGUCUGGUCACUGAUUUACUUGCUGUGAUCAGAGCCACCUCAGCUUUCAGUAGUGUUGGUCAACAGAUGCUUUUAGAUAAUGGAUGACUGUCAAAUACUGCCACUGUGAGGGGCCAAACACAUGGCCCCAUCAGGAUUUACCCCACCUCCCUUCGCUGCUGUCGAAACAAUACGGGUUACCAUGUUAAAGGUCAUUUAACACUCACAGUAUACACACCUGGGACCUUUUUUCCUCAAAGUUCUUAACAGGAAAUUAUGCAUAUUCCUCUCAGCCUA